UGGCUUAUAUGUCUGUUAGGCCAACCUCCUUCCAUAUCUUCUCCCCAUGUCUGCCCACACUAAUUCGCUAGCUUGAACACCUCGACGAACGGCCGGAAGCAGGUGAGGAAGAGAGAAGAAAGCAAAGCAAUAUAAUGGCUUCCUCUUCGCUCGACACCGAGUCAGCCCAAGCACACAAGGCCGGCGACGGCGGAUACACCACCGCAGCCACUGCUCACGCAGUAGACACAGAUUCAUGGCAGCAGGUUGGGUUGCUGCUGGUGACGGGGUUCAACUGCGCCUACGUGCUCAGCUUCUCCAACCUGAUGAUGGUGCCCCUGGGGUGGUGGUGGGGCGCCGCCUGCCUGCUCCUCGUCGCCGGCGCCGCCUGGUACGCCAACUGGCUCCUCGCCGGACUCCAUCUCGUCGACGGCCACAGGUUCAUCCGCUACAGGGACCUCAUGGGCUACGUCUUCGGGACAAACAUGACAGGAAAAUGCAGGCUGACUCAUCUUGUUGUUGUGAAGGGACAAACAUGUACUACAUCACCUGGUUCCUGCAGUUUACCACCCUGCUCCUGGGAAGCAUGGGCUUCAUUUUACUAGGUGGAAGAGCUCUCAAGGCAAUCAGCGCCGAGUUCACCGGCGACUCCACUCCGAGGCUGCAGUGGUUCAUCGCGGCGACGGGCGCCGUGUACUUCGCCUUCGCCUACUUCGUGCCGACGAUAUCCGCCAUGAGGAACUGGCUAGCCACCUCCGCCGCACUCACCGUGACCUUCGACGUCGCCCUCCUGGCCGUCCUCGUCAAAGACGGCAGAUCGAGUAAGCAGACGGAUUACACGAUCCACGGGACCCAACAGGAGAAGGUGUUCAACGCGCUGGGCGCCGUCGCCGCUAUCCUCGUCUGCAACACCUCCGGCCUGCUCCCCGAGAUACAGUCGACCCUGCGGAAGCCGUCGGUGUCCAACAUGAGGCGCGCGCUGGCGCUGCAGUACACGGUGGGCGCCGCGGCAUACUACGGGAUCAGCGUCGCCGGCUACUGGGCCUACGGCGCCGCCGCGUCAGAGUACCUCCCGAACCAGCUCGGCGGGCCGCGCUGGGCGUCGGUGCUCAUCAAUGCCACCGCCUUCCUCCAGAGCAUCGUCUCGCAGCACCUGUUCACGGUGCCGAUCCACGAGGCGAUGGACACGCGGCUGCAGAGGCUGGAUGAGGGGAUGUUCUCGCGGCACAACAUGGCGCGCCGCCUCGUCGCCAGGGCGGUCCUCUUCGGCGUCAACGUCUUCGUCACCGCGCUCUUCCCAUUCAUGGGCGACUUCGUCAACCUCUUCGGCUCCUUCGCGCUCUUCCCGCUCACCUUCAUCUUCCCCAGCAUGAUCGUCCUCAAGAUCAAAGGGGAAUGCGACGGGAGAUGGCACAUGCUCUGGCACUGGGGCAUCAUCGUCGUCUCUUCGGUUCUCGGCGUUGCCACCACCGCCGCGGCUGUACGCCUGAUCGUGCACAACGUCAGCGUGUACCGUUUCUUUGCCGACAUAUAGAAAGACACACCGGACGUCCAACACCGGUGCGCUUAUGGGCGCUCAAGCGCAGGAUACUGGAUAAACAUAUGCACGAAGAUUCAGCGCGUCCAGACGUGUCACGACUAUACUAGUACUGUAGCAGAAUAUCUCAUUCAGGCCAACUCGUGGGCUCGGUGGCAUUGGACAAAAUUAAGCAGUAAUCGCCUCACUGGAAUGGGGAAAUAUUAAUUUCAGUUACUUCCUCCGUUUUUAUAUGUAAGAACACAUUGUAUUCCGAGGCAAAACUUUAACCAACAAUUUGACCAAUAGAAUAUAA